AUAAAGGUUAUGUGUAUUUUUAACUCAUACGCGAUAUGUCCAAAACGCUUACAUGAAGUUCACCACAAGAGGUCAGUGUUGAGCAGGACAGAAAUCAUCUUUACCGAUGAUAAUCUUAGAAACAUCAGGCGGUCAGUCAGAAAAGUUCGGCAGGGAUUUUUUUUUUAAUUGCUUCUUAAUGUUAGUAUCUUAUGCAACUUUUGAAAAUUGUAAAAUCCCUCCUGUAGCACUAAUGUGCUCCUGCUUAUGGUGAAAAGUAGUUAAUAUUUUAAUCAGAUUUCAUUUAUAAUCUCGGUCAACUGGGACACUCCGGGGGAAUGGAUUGGCAGAGCUGUUGGAGGAACUUUUGCUUUGUGGUCUCGUUUAGGUUUUGUUCCGCUUCCUAAAAGGUUUUACUCCUGUGCCUUCAAAUGAUUUUACAUUUCUAAAUUUGCUCCUGUCUCCGCUCCACGGACAGACGUUCGCUGCAAUGAGAACCUGCAACAGACUCCUUGUUGUAGCUCUAAUUUUCAUCACAUCAUUUCCAGAUCUUCAGGCAGAAACACUCAAAGCGACUGGAUAUGUUGGCAAAGAGGUCAUUUUGAAAUGCCAGUUAGCCCCAGGAUCAGAAAACAUUACUCAGGUUCAGUGGGAAUUUGAGUCCAUGAUUAUCCUUGUUUUCAACACCCAGCAUGGAAUGAGUAUAAAAGAUUCUCAACUAAAGGAAAGAUUGAAUCUUACCGAACAGUCACUGAAAAUUAGAGAUGUGAAAAUCACAGAUUCAGGGACUUACACCUGCACUGUAACUACGUAUACCAGAGGAUCACUUAAAGAAACCAUCAAACUUGUUGUUGUUACUGGUGAGCCUGCCCCAGAACAAAACCAGCAGAUACAGAUGUCUGCAGGGAUACUUUGUGCGAUCAUCAUCUCUGCUGUGCUGCUUUUAGGGAUCCUGACGGCUGCAGCUUACCUUACCUUCGUCAGAAGACAUAAAGCGGCUCGCAGACUUGAAGUCCACAUAGACACAUCAAGUCGUGUAGCGAGUGUGAACAGACCAUCUUAUAUCUACAAGGACCCAGUGAGCACAGAGGAAGUGCUGUAUGCUGAUGUGAGGCCUAAGCGAACCAGAAAUUCAGGAUCUUCACUGACUAAAAUACCAAGAGCAUCUGCAAAACCUGAGGAAGUCACCUAUGCAGAGGUCAAGGUUUAUCAUCAGAGGCCCAACUUAGAAACAAUGUUUAGUGUUUGAAUGUUCUACAUAACAGAUUUGCUGCAAAAGUUGUGGUUUUACAAAAAAACAGCCUGUUUACUCCUUAUUUUUAUCGUCUGCAGCUCUGUGGUCGUACUGCACACGCUUUUUGCAAACUCACUAAAACUAAAUGAUAACAUCAGCACUUCAGCAUGCCUGUAGCUUGUGGUUGUUGCCAAAAAUGCUGUCCAUUUUUUGUUGUUUUAAUUUAUGUAUUUAUUUAUGUAUGUAUUUAAAUUUACAUUUUUUAACAAAAAAUGAAUAAGAAAACGCAAGAAACUGAGUUUGUGAGAUUGUGAUUCGGCUUUUUUUCAUAAUUGUGGGCUAAAUUGUGACUUGCUGAAAUGUAGGUUACCGAUCUGUUCAUGUCCCUUGACAUGUUCAUGUUUUAUCACAUGACAAAUCAAACUUCAAAUAUUGAAUAGGGAUUUAAUGUGAUAGAGAAACACAUAGUAACACAUUUUUUAGUGGAAGGAAAGUCAUGUCACUUUUACCAAUUAAAAAAGUGGUUUAAAAACUAUAUUCAGCCCCUUUAACUCUGGUAGCUGAGAAUGAAAUCCAGAUUAAACACUAAAAGACAGGGACAAACAUAUGAUCACUAGAUGGAGAAGUUGAUGGCAGCAGCAGGUCGGCUGAUGCUGUCACAGCUAAACACAACCCAAACUUUACCACAUUGUGGAAGACAUGUGGAAGAAGUUUAUUUUUAGUUUAGUUUUGGACAACAUGCAAAAUGCUUCUCACAAGUAAAACUCUGACAAAUAUGGUGAACAUCUAAACGUAACCCCCUUUACUGCGAUUCCACUAAAUAGUGGAUAGUUGAACCUAAUAUAUAAUACUGGAACAUGUUAGUGACUGAUUCUACAAGGUAUUGAUUCAACAUGGUGAGAUAUUACACUGCACUAAAAUGGUAUAUUUCAUGAUUAACUUUUAUUUCAAACCAUUGUAGCUCUCACUGUUAAAAGUGAUCAACACUUCACUGAUCUGCGGCUUAUUCUCUAGGAUUACCAGCUGAGACAGUGAGCUUCAGCCUUCAAACUGGUUGCUCAUCAGUUUAACUAAACAAAUAUAAAACUGUAAGAAAGAUACCUGCUUGAAUAACAAAACUGUCUGCAUGAUUGCAUCACCCGCCAGGUUCUACAGAGAUGUUGACAGCAAAUUUGCAAUGCAAACAAGUAUUUUCCCCAGCAUGACAUUGUGGCAGGUUACAGGAAGUUCAUGUUCCUCAUUUACUGUCUGUUAGCGCAAUAGGAUGAGAAAAGCUGCAAAAAAGAAGAAAAUUGUGCCAUUAAUGGAGAAGUGAACUUGCACAUUAAAAGCUAUAGUGACUGUUGGCCAAAACUAAAAGUGUUAGAUAAGAAGUGAGGUGAGAAUUACCGAUCACAAUUUGCACCAACAUUGUUUUAAACCAAUGCGUCUCGGUUAUAUUUCAGCGGCGCUCCUGCUUUGUCUUAACAUCAAUGCUGCCUGCAGGUGUUGCAGCCUGAGAAUGCCUUGUGUGAAAGAAAUGUGAGAAAGUUCGGUUUUCAGGCCUGCAGUAGUUCUGAAGUUCUGUUUGGUGACGGUACGCUUUACCAGUCACCCUCAUCUGGUCUUUAUAGUCAGCGCUUCCUGACAAUGUGAGACUGUGGGUGUGAAACGGUGAGCGCCAACGUAUGCAUGUCUGAUGAUCCAGCCCUCGCUCUGAGGUGUUGGAACAAAAGUCUGUUUUAUUUUUUUUUCUUUUUGUUAGGUUAUGUACUUCUGUUUAUUCUCACCGUUGUUUAGAAAGGGAAAUUUGCUUUACCUGUAACUUUAUUUCAGCUCUGACUGAACGGGAACUGCACUGUGGUUCCGUAAACUCUGUAAAUAUAUGUUAAGAUUGAUUGUUAUUUCAAAAUAAAUGUGCUCACUUUUA